AAAUUUGUAAUAUAAAAAGUAAUAAAUAUAUCAAACAUAACAAGUAAAUACUAUAUAAUAUAUAAAUAAAUCAUGAUUUGGAUUUUACUAUUUUGCCUUUAAAUUAGCGUGGCUAUAUCUUAGGCAACUCCUAUUAACCUCAAUUAACAAUUAACAAUCAUGCAAACUUAGACAUUAAACUAGUUUAGCAUGAGCAACGUUUAGCAAGGCUAUUAUUACAAUAUAAAUGUAAAAAAUAUAAAUCUAAGUUAAAACAAUAUACAAUCGACUCUAUAUCUUCUUGUCCUUGUAACCUCUUUUCAAAUAGAUAGUACAUUAGUACCAUAGAAUGUAUUGAGUUAAUAUUAAAGCAAGUAUUAUAUGGAUUAUGAUGGAUUUGGUACAAAAUCCGACUAAUAAAUUAUCAAAUAUUACCAACAAGAUAAUGUGAAUCCAAUUUAUGUAAGUAUUUAUUUAUAUGAUGCUUUUGGAUAAUUUGCUUCUCUUGAUUAAUCAUAAAUAUUUGCUAGUUAUACUAUAUAAAUAGAGAAGCAUUCAACAUCAAACUACUGCCAGUAUUCUUGCUAUAAUGGAGCAUGCAAUUAACUUUAUACAAGCUGUACCUGCUUAAAUUCUGUUAACGAUUUCUACUUCGAUUCGAAAUGUCAAUUAAAUGCUAAAGCUGUAUAUAUAAAUGAUAAUUUGAAUGAAAGUUUCUCAACACAAGUGUAAUACUACUAUGUGAAAAUAACUGAUUUUAGCUAAAGCUACACUUUGAUUCUUAAUUCUAAAUAUUCAGGAAACGCCUUUAAUUUUCAACUUUACAAUUAAACAUUUAAUACAUAUUCAAUACCUAAUUUUCUUAACAACAUUUAUAACUUCUAAUCAGCGCUUACCAAACAAAUAAUAUUUUCCACAGAUAUGAUAGCAAAAACUGCAGCUGCUAAUGGAAACUAACCUAUUAUUGUCAUUCUUGGGUUAUAUAAUUUCCAACCCUCUGGUUAAGCGAAUUUUAACAUAUAAUUCUAAUACAAUCUCAAUGUGCAACUUUCUGACAACAUGCCUAAUUGGGCUAUGUAUUUGUUUGCCUCUUUAGCUGUUUUGGGACUUCUCUUCAUGAUUUUUGUUAUUUUCUCAAUCAUCAGAGCUUAGUUUAGAGGUUCCAAUGGAAGAUUUGUCAGAGUUAGGAAUAUCUUUGUUACUCCAGAAAUUAUAGAAAAGUACAUGCCAGCUAUGUUCUACAAAGAAAUAGAUUUAAAUAAAGAUGAACAAGAAGAGUGCACAAUAUGCUUAGAAGGAUAUAAAGAAGAAGAUAAGGUGAGAAUAUCUAUAUGUGGACAUUUAUAUCAUUAAGCUUGUAUAGACUAAUGGCUUGUGGCUCACACCAACUGUCCCUACUGUAGGUAGGAAUUAACUGAGAAAGAGUUAGAAGUUUGGCUUUAAAAAAGGAUUUAAGAUUAAAUUCAAAAGUAAUAAUAAAAAGAAGUCAAAGACAUGAUAGUUUAAUUUCUUUCAAGCAUUGAUAACAAUGAAUAGUUAAAGAAAAUUUUGAAAAAUUGUCAUCAAGAACAAAAAUAAAAAAGGAGUUUUCUGUCUAUUUCGAAUAAUAAUGCUAAUCUAAAGAAAGCUGUUCCUGAUGCUUCCUCUAUUUACAGUAACCAAACUGCUCAAAUUAACUAAAUCCCUAACAAUAAUAAAAAUAAAAAUAGAAAAAUUGAUAAAUCUAAAAAAAAUAACAAAUUGCACUCUCAAUCAUUUAAUAUGGAUGCUGAUUUAGAUGUAGAUUUUAAGAAUUUAAUGAAAGAAAAUAUUCUUAACUCGCUAUCUUCAAACAGAAAAGGUUUUAAUUUCUAAAAUAACAAGCAAAAUAUUCAAUCAGAAGACGACUACAAUUUGUAGAGCAAUAUUUUGAAUAAUUAAAAUAGCUAGGAUAAUUUUAAUCUACUUUUCAAGAUGAAAAAUUAGAAAACAAAAGGCCUAAACAAUAAUAAAACACAUAUUUAAUAUACUUAGUAGAAUCAAGUGGAGGCAACAGAAAAUUAUGAGCUAGAUAAAAUUUAAGAAGACUUGAGAGAAUCAAACAUGAGGCAAUCAAUUUUAACACAAACUCAGACUAACUCUAAUUAGAAUUUGCAAAGAAAGAAUUUCAAUAAAAAAUUCAGAAAUGGAAGUUAAGCUUCUUUGAAAAGCAUAGAAAAUAAUUAAAUUACAAGCGCUUAGAAUAUUGAAAAUGAUUUGGCAAAUUAUUCAGACCAGGUAGUUGUUUUUUAACCAUAAAACAAGUCUAUUUAGAAAUAAAAAAGUUAGUUAAAGUCUUAGAAGAAUUUAGAAAAUGGUGGUUGUUCAGAUAUGAAUAUUUCAUUUGGAGGUAUAGAUAUAAAAUAAAAGUAAGGCAGUAUGUAAACUAUUGAAGAUUUUUCAAAUGGUAAAGGGAGUUAAAAAACAAUCAAAGAAAAUAGUAAAAAAUAAAUUAAUAUUAUGAACGACUAAAUAGAAUAAAAUUCAUCUUUAAAUAACUACCAAGCUGAUUAAACUCACUAAUCGCUAAAAGCCUUUGGCAAUCAUGAAAUCCAAAGUAACCAACAAAACCAUCCUAAAGGCCAAGCUAGAGAAAUAAAUGAUUUAGAUAAUCAGUUUUCUUAACAAGUCGAUUGA